AUGAGGAUAUUCAUGGUUUUCCUUUUCAGCACCACAAAAGCUGCUGCAAAACCUACUGCUCCAGAAGCACCAUCAAAGCCACCUAGACCAAUGAAAAUGCAAGGUCCUCAUCAAAAUUCGGCUAAAUCUGCUCCAAAACCCGUGAAUCCCGUGAAAUCCUCGACGAAAGCCGUUCCUAAGAAAACGGGCCCACCUCAGACAGAUGUGCCCAAGAAACCUGCGCCCGAUGCUGAAGAGCCAAAAGAAGCACCACAAGUCCAGGAACAAGAAGAGAAGCAACCACAGCCACCAGCUAGGCCAAAAUUGGUGAAACAACCUUCAAAGGCUACUUCCAAAAAGCCUCCAGUGAUGCCCGUUGUUCAACAGAGUGAACCAGCUCCCGCUCCACUGAAGGAAGAAGCGAAUAACGCUGAUCGUGAGCGCCUACCCGUUCCAAAGGUUUCUUCGAGACAGUCCAGUAGCAACAAGUUGCAGUUGACUCCUGCCGACAAAAGUCUUGAUGUUGUAAAAAGCCCUGAGACAGCUGCCACUACUACCCCUCAGCCAAAAGCUGAGAACAAGGGAGAGAAGCCAACCAGCGGAAAGACUUCGGUCAAGCCGAGUGUGAAGUCGACUACUGUUGCGAGCAAAACGAAUGCGAAAAAUCCCGUACCUGUUAAAAGUGAGUUCCUAUGA